CGUGAAAUAGGCGUCUAAUGAUUAAUUGAAAGGCAAUUUCACCGCAUCCAUUUUCUGGAGGGUUGAGCCCCACGGAGAGAGAUUGCUCUGACUUUCUCUCUCAGUAUAUCUGCUAUUUAAUUCCUUCACCUCAAUUUACCCCUUCGAUUUGUGCAAUUAUUUUGUUACAUUUUUGUCUUGUUUAUUACAGGCCCUGUGAAAUUUUUAUCUUGGUUUAUGGUGGCAACAUUGUUUCUUAUCCGAUCUAUUUCAGCUUGGUUCCUCCAAUUUAUCGCAUGCAUGGGUGGCUGUCUGGGAUCCAGUAGUAAAACCAAAUUAACUUCUUCAGUUCAUGAACCACUGAAUGGGCAAAAACAUCUAGAUCAUUUAGUACAUAAAGCUAAACUAUCUGCCGACUUUUGGACAACUAGCACGUGUGACAUGGAUAACCACAGUGCAGCUCAGUCACGAGGAAGCAUCUCGUCAAUUAGUACAUCUACUCAGACACACGAUGCUCAUGGCACUGCAAAUACGACAAACCAUUCUGAAUUUGUAAAUCAUGGAUUUGUUCGCUGGAACCAAAUCAGACAGCAGUGGGUCGGACAUAAAAUUCCUGAGAACCAACCAAAACAGCUACUUGAACCCAAAUUAAGGGCGAAACUUAUUGUGGGAAGAAAAAGGUGCUAUGCUGCAGCUGGAUUUGAAAGAAUGGAAUCAAAGUGAUAGGUUGGACAUGGUGCUAUUCUUUUGGCAUGGGUAAUUAUCUAGGUGUUUUUUGAGUUUCUGAAUUCUGAUCAUAAAAUGUAGCAUUCUAGAGCUCUGGCAAGGCAAAUGUACAACAUUUCACCAUAUCUUCUUUCUUCAACAAAUUAGAUCCAAGCAAAUUAGGCCAAAAUUAUUCUGAUAGGAUUGAUGUUUAGUUGGCAAAUUGUAUACCAAAGGAGUAUAAUUCAACAGUCUGUUAGUGGGAUCGAACACCUCUUUGGUGCAGUAACCCUGUUUAAUUGUGACAUGCUGCAACAAGUUCUAAAAUUAUAACUGUCUAAAACUCCUUAAAGGUAAAUAUCCCAUGUGAACAUGGCACACGUUAGAGUUGAGGUGUGGCUCUUUGACCUAGCCAAAUAUUUUCAGUUGCUUAAUGAGGCGAUACUAUUGUCACCUUCUGUCUCAU